UAUCAGCGUGUUACAUUUCUAAUUAAUCUCGGUUGCCAUCUACAGAGCCAACAUGUUCUCCAUCGUGAUAAGUCUUGUGUGUAUCGUCGGUUAUGCAGCCGGCAAUUCGGGAGCCGCACAGGAUGGAACGAAGAACAACGCCACGAAUGGAGAACUGGCGGCCAGCGCGGGUGGCUAUUAUUACGACAAAUCGCGAUACCGCAACGGCUACAGUCCAUACCUGUACGGACAGUAUGGACCAUACGGAAAUCAGUAUUCCAGCUACGAACCUGCCUACAAACAUGAGUAUGAGUAUAAACCCGAAUACAAGGAGAAAGAAUAUAAAGAAAAGGAAUACAAAGAAUACAAGCCGGAAUACCGGGAGCCGUACGAGUACAGGGAACCCUAUCUGACACAGAACUGCUACGGACAAACUCCGGGAAUGUUCGGCAUUGUAGCACAAGAUUGCCGGUCGUUCAGCAUUUGCCAAUAUGACGGGCGCUUGGAUUAUAUGGAUUGCCCGGCGUAUUUGAAAUUCAACAACUACUUGGCGGUGUGCGACUGGCCGUACAAAGUUGAUUCGUAUUGUAAUCCCAUUUAUAAAGAAGAGAAGCCCUACUAUCCGGAAGCACGCUCCUACGAAAAGCCGGCAUCCUAUCCUAAAGCCUAUGAAGGAUACAAGGGCUAUGAAAAGCCGGGUUAUGCAAAGAAAUAUUUUUAAAUUUUAUGCGCUGUAAAUAAAUGAUGACGCUUAAGCGGUUGUAAUUUUAUGUAAUUUAUGUCCUGCAUGCUUUGUUAUACUUUAUUGUUGCAUUUUGCGCAGAAAAAUAUAUUAUGACGUAUUGAGCUGCCUAGGCUUGCUAAAUAUAAGCCACAUAUUGCAAUAUGACGAAUG